GUCACGGGCUCUCUGUGCAGAGCCUCAAGGACGAGGACCUCUCGCUGGACAGCAGCAUCAAUGACGAGGGCUGGCUGGCUGGUUACGGGGCUGCUGUCCGCCACAUCGGGAACAUCAGCGUCGUCACCGUGGAGACACGCGCCAGUAACCCGAUGAGGCUUCCUGGCAGGAGCUCGGGAGAGAACAGCGACGCCAUGGUCACGAACGCGGGCGCAGGUGCGCCGUGGCAGUUUUACCGUACCAAGAACGGCCUCAUGCUGAAGUGGAUCGAGGAGAAGAUGAAGGAGGAUCCAGAUGCCAUGGCGAUCAUGAUCGACGGUGGCGACAUGAUCUUGGGUGGGUGCGACGAGGCGUUCAUCAGGAACAAGUACAGGAAGAUCAUACGGGCCAGCGGGGGCCCCGAGAUGACGCUCGUGAUGAGCGCGGAGACAGCCUGCUUCCCCAUUUCAAUGGAUUGGCACUUCCGGGAUAACUCCACGUGGGAGCAGCGGCGCUCGGCCGUCAACAAGCAGGUGGAGAAUCUCACUGACGACUGGGUUUUGCCGUGGACACCGUGUGGCGACUGGAAGCAGGCUCCGUGCGACCCUGUGCCGAAGAGGGCCUACAGGUACCCGAACUGGGGCUUCGUCAUGGGCCCCGUCAAGGACCUCCAGCCACUCUUCAAGUUCGUGUACAACGACGGCGGUCACCCUAAGAAAGGGUCUGGCGACACCAUCGACCAGAUGCGCGCCCAGUGGUGGAUGCUCUGGCACCCGCACAAGAUCACUCUGGACUACACCGGGAGCCUGGUGUUGAGCAUCCACCAGAUGGCCUGGGGCAGGAAGGACAGUGAGGCGCCCAUCGAGAUAGUGAAAGACAAGAAGGGGCAGCCGAUCAUCCGGAACAAGAUCACCAAUCAGCCGUGCUGCUUCGCGCACGGCAACGGUGACGGCGAGGGGCUCAUCAACAGGAUGAUCAUCCAGAUGAACAACCUCACGGGCGCCGCUUGA